UUUACAACAAUUAGCUAUGAGCUCGUUUAGGUCCUUAUGUGAGAUACAGUAUAUCAGUGACCGCCUCUACCAGUGUUGGAGCUGGAGACCCAGUUGAAGUAACAUUCUACACACAAGAAGGAGGCAAGUAGUUUAGGUUCUUUCCUUUCAUGCCCUUUGUUGUUUUUAUAGCUCCACAGACAGCUCCCUCAAAUUUGACCGGCUCUAGAACCUCUGCCACCACUGCUAGUGUAGAAUGGGAUUGGAUAAGGUGGGAGGACCUGAGAGGGUGGCUGGUGGACUAUGAGAUUGGGUAUGGUAGUGUGAUGAUGUCUGCCCAUCAGCAGUGCCCUGCUAAUGACUGCUCCUACACUGAGACCCUGUCUGUGGAUAAUGAAGGAGAGCAUGAAUUGACUGGUCUAGAUCCGGGACUGCAGUACUGUGUGAGGCUGGCUGGGAGGACCAGUGCUGGGGCUGGGCCUUUCUCACACAAACUCAUUCCAUGGUACGAAAACAGUGUAUUCAUGGUUGCACUAGAGAGGCCCAACUGCAGAGAAUGGAUUGCAAAAGACUCAACUGAGAUAGUUGCAGACCUUGCCAGAGCUUUUAGCCUUGGAAUCAAACUCACCUGUAACUGCACAUUUCCCAGCAACUAUAUUGCAGAUAUACAACUAACUUGUCAGAAUGAGGUCCUUAUAGUUACAGGUAAAAUAAUCGGUACUCAAGAAAAAGAGAGUGCUGGUGUCUUGGAUGACUUUGAAAUGUGGCUAUCGAGCAGGCCAACAAUAACGGCCAAGGGUGAAGAGCUUAAACUUGUGCAGAAUGAGUCACCUGAAAACCAUUUUCCUGGGUAUAUUAUUAUUGGAGUAGCAGCUGGUGUUCUAAUUGCUCUAGUACUGGCUGUUUUGGUAGCAAUAGUAGUGGUGUGGUACAGACAGAGGUAAGUGAUAUGCUGGGUGGACAAAAAAUCUGAGACGAUCUUUACUCCACAGAAGCAAGCCAUCUACAGUGACAACGCCGCUUGAGUAUGAAAUACCUGUUAUAAGAGGUGAAAACCUGCAUGAGGAUCCCAAGAAUUUCAGCAACCCAAAUUAUGAUGGUGUUUCAAGAAGAGGUGGCAUUGAGUUGGUCCACAAUGAUGUUCAAUAGAGGUAGCAGCUAGAUGACGACACUAUUAUGUAAUAGGAGACGCCGUGAUUUUGUGAUUUGCUGAAUAUAUAGCCAGU